ACCCGCCAGCCAACCGAAGGAGAUGAAUCGAACUUCGCUGUCCAGUGGCAGCACCAGCCGCAGACUUCCGGCUCUCUUGUUUGUCCUGCUGCUCUGCCUGGUGGCCAGGACCAACGGUCGUCCUUCGACAGAGGACGAGAGCGACUUGGCCAUCAUUCCGCCGGAUGCCGACAAUGUGGAGAUCCAUAAGGUUAAAAUAGUGAAUGGUGUCAUGCAGGAGGAUCAUCCGGUUAUCAUGUACAAGGAGGACUUCGUCAGCGAGGAUUAUGAUCCAACAAAAAGCGAAACCAAUCCUAGUCACCACAAGAAGCAUAAGCGGACGCGGCUCCAUCAUGCCAAGCAAGUAACAGAUACACAAAAGAAGGAGGACCAGAUCCUUUUCGACAUUCUGCCCGACAAGCCUAUCGUCCUGGAAGAGGACCUCAAGGCUCUCCCGCACAGCAAAGUUGAGGCAGCCCAACUGGCGGAACCCAUCAAGGAAGAGUGGCUGGCCAAGCAUCCCAAGAAGUACCACAGUCGCCAGCGACGACAGGCCCAUGGAAGCUAUGAGAAGGUCCUGCAGUACUACUAUGGCACUCCGGAAAUAAAAUUUGUGUCCCCCUUAACCUACACGCAUUUUCGCAUUUCAGUGAAGGGUAAGAAACCUCAUCUGGUGGGGCCUCCGAAUCGUAGGAAUCAGGGCCAAGAGAAUAUCCCAACACCAGACUCAGUCGGUUCUAGAGGAGAAUUUGAUUUAGAACACAAUUCAAAUCAAGCGGAUGCGGAUUUCUCGAUCUACAACCGUUCAUCUACUACUACUCCCGGGCCAGUCUUUCAAGUCAAUGAUAGCGACUUUGUGACCUCGGCACCAUCGGCACCCUCGGCACAAUCGGCACCAUCGUGGCGUCCGCCGAACGGCCUCCUCCGGCCGCCCCCCACCCGGGCUCCCGUUGUGGGACUGCCCACCCUGCGGCCCAAUCAAAGGCCGCCCCCACAGACAGCUGGGGUCGAUAGUGAGCCCAAGGUCAGCAGGUGUGUGUGGGCGAUCGUCAACUGCUGCACGGGCGAGAGCAAGAAGGUGCGGUACAACUGCUUCGAGGAGUUCGGAUGCCAUGGAGCCUUCUGGGACAUCAAUCCGUGUGCCGAUGAGGGCGUGAAGCAAGCUGAACUCGUGCCCCUAGUCGGAUUCUCACCGCCCGUGCCUGCUCCAUCCAUGCCAGGCCGUCGUCCGUCCUCCAGGAAAGAUGCCUUCCAGUUUCCCAAGGACAUCGGCUACCAGGAAAACAGCAAGUGCCAGCGCGCCUCGAAGCUCUGCUGCUCCCAGAGAAAUAUUGAAUCCCUGUUCGAAUGUUUCCACCACCACGGCUGCACCGAGAACCUCGCCAACAUUAUCUCCACCUGCUCCUAGGAAACGGGGAUGUCAAUGCUCCACAUGUGUCCACAUAUGCAUUGCAAAUUUGCCUGCUGCACGAGCCUCGCGUUUCGAUAGCCCCAUUUGCAAGCUUUAGGAUUCCCGGAUUAGUCUUGGAACUUGCUUAUUAAAUCAUAAAUAACUUCUAGUCGGCUUUGCCAGUGGGGCUGGCCCAAAUUAUUAAAGAAUAUUCUGUAUUGAACUAACCAAA